AUGUCUGAACCAACUCAAAAGAAACAAAAGUUAAGCGGCUCCUCUCUAGACCAAUUAAAGGCUUCUGGUACUGUCGUUGUUGCUGAUACUGGUGAUUUUGAAUCCAUUGCUAAAUUUAAGCCACAAGACGCCACUACAAAUCCAACUCUUAUCUUACAAGCUGCCAAGAAACCACAAUAUGAAAAAUUGUUGGAUGUUGCAGCUGAAUACGGUAAGAAAAAUGGUAAGACUCCAGAAGAAAAAUUAGAAAUUGCUGUCGAUAAGCUAUUGGUCAAUUUCGGUAACGAAAUCUUGAAAGUCGUUCCAGGUCGUGUCUCUACUGAAGUUGAUGCCAGAUUAUCGUUUGAUACUGAAGCUACUGUCAAGAAGGCUUUAGAAAUCAUCAAAUUAUAUGAAGAUUUAGGUAUCUCUAAAGAAAGAGUGUUGAUUAAGAUCGCCUCCACCUGGGAAGGUAUCCAAGCUGCUAAGAUCUUAGAAGCCGAACAUGGUAUUCACGUCAAUUUGACUCUAUUAUUCUCUUUUGCUCAAGCCGUCGCUGCUGCUGAAGCUAAAGUUACUUUAAUAUCUCCUUUCGUAGGUAGAAUCAUGGAUUGGUACAAAAAGUCCACAGGUAAAGAAUACUCCGGUGAAGAAGAUCCAGGUGUUCAGUCCGUAAAGAAUAUCUACAACUAUUACAAGAAGCAUGGUUACAAGACUAUUAUCAUGGGUGCUUCUUUCAGAAACACUGCUGAAAUCAAAUGUUUGACUGGUGUCGAUUACUUAACCAUCUCUCCAGCUUUAUUAGAAAAAUUGACUGAAUCUACCGAACAAUUCCCAGUUGUAUUGAACGCAGAAUCCGCAAAGGCGCAAGGUGCCGAAAAGAUCUCUUUGAUUGACGAUGAAUCCAGAUUCAGAUUCGAUUUGAACCAAGAUGCUAUGGCCACCGAAAAGUUAAGUGAAGGUAUCAGAAACUUCUCAAAGGAUAUCGACACUUUAUUCUCUAUUAUGGAAAAGAAAGUUAAUGCCUAG